AUGCCCGCCAUUGGUCACGAGAUUGCUGGCAUCCUCAAGCCUCGCCAACGCUUUGGCAGCAAUGACGAUUUUGAGAACGACGUCCGCAACACAAGCCGGGCCAUCAGUACCGGUAUCAUCGUCGUCAUCGUCCUCGGCGCUGUUGCUUUCGUCGCCUUCUGCAUUGGCGUCUGCUGCUGCAUCCACCGGAGCAGGGCAAAGAAGGCCCGUAUCAACAAGGACGUUGUGAAGUACAAGCUCCCCGACAACCGAUCCAGCAUUGGCACGCAUCCCGGCGGUGUCGCCAACCCGAAUUGGGCCGACUCAAACACGGCGCCGGUCGGGACCGGCUACGGCAACACGUAUGGAUACAAUUACGGAUAUGAUCACGGAAAAGAUCACACAUACUCUGGGGGGUUCGGACACACGAUGAACGCGGGAGGCGAUGCUGGCGCGACGGCGCACGGUGGUGGCCACAGUGGUGGUCAUGGAGGCGGGCACAGCUAA